AUCACUCGCUUUUUCUAACGAUACCUGCGAUGAAAGAAAUCGGUUCAGAAAUCGGGAGAACGAAGUCCAUCGAUUUCACCAACAACAUCAUUCAGCACGCGCGCUCCGCUCGCUGGUUGACGUAAUGCACCAUAUAAUCUGACCGCCGGAUCGAGACCAUUUCCAAGCUGCCACAGGUCAGGGAAUAAUAUGCGGCUAACCUCCAGGCAGCUCAAUACCGUCAGAUCGUUCACCGCUCACUUGAAAUGUCAGUGCAAAUUAACGAAGAUCGUACCUCGAAUAACCCUCGUCAUCGUGUGACGGACCAAGGGAUGGGAAUCCUGAAACAAUACCUGGCGGCAUUUGUUGCAUCCUUGGGAGGCUUUUCGCUGGGUGUCAGUCUGGGCUGGAACUCUAGCAGCAGCGAGUCGAUGAAGAACUACGUGAACGCUGACUCGUUGGCGCUGGGUUUGGUGGGCGGAAUAUUCAACCUGGGAGCUUGCGUGGGUCUGAUGCUACUGCCGUUUGUCCUGAGGGCAUUCAGUCGCAUUGGAGCUAUGAUGAUGACGGUACCGAUCCUCUUCUUGGGUUGGAGCUGCAUCGUUUUCGCCGGGCAGACGGUACCCCUGAUGCUCUUCGGAAGGAUACUGUGCGGCUUCAGCGGCACCUUCUGCGUCCUGGUCCCAAUCUACGUGACCGAAAUCGCGGACCGCAGGAUACGCGGUUGUCUCCUGGCGCUCUUCCAGGUUCUGAUCAACCUGGGAAUCAUGUUCGCCUAUCUGGUAGCCGAGCUGACUGAAUUGGAAAAGACGAUUUGGUUGUACAGCCUUAUAUGCACGGUCACAACGGCGCCUGUGGCCUUCGCAAUUCUGUUGCCCGAAAGUCCGACGUACCAUCUUCUCACCGGAAACGAGAACAGGGCAAAAAUUUCCCUCCAGUUAUUCCGGGGCAAAGAUCACCCCGAGCUUAAUUCGGAAAUGGAAGAGCUGAAGCAGCUCGUCGCCAUCAAGGAAUCGAAGCAAGUCAGCCUGAAUACCCUCAGGGAGAAGCAGGUUCGCCGCAGUCUUUUGGGGGCCUUUGGUCUUAUGAUGAUGCAUCAGUUCAGCGGUAUAGGUCCGUUCAUCUUCUACACCCUAGCGCUGUUCAAGGUCAGUGGAUCGGCGGACAUCACUUCGAGUCAGCAGACCCUCGUUGUUGGAGCGGCACAACUGGUGUCCAGCAUCCUGGCAGCCGUGCUGAUCGACAUAUUAGGAAGAAAGGUACUGCUGGUCGCCUCCUCAUCUCUCAUGGGAAUCUUCAUGUUUUUGCUCGGAUGGUUUUUCAACGUACAACAAGAGGAUCCGGAAUUCGCGGACGCAAUAUCGUGGAUGCCUCUGACUUGGAUCGCGUUAUUCUUCGCGGCGUUCAGCCUAGGCGUGGGUCCGAUCGCUUGGGUUCUUUUGGGUGAAAUAUUUCCGGUUCACGUGAAGCUCGAAGCCGCGAUAACGAUGGCGGUACUGAACUGGCUGGCAUCCCUUUCGCUGACGUUAUUGUUCGGCGAGAUGCUCGACGGCAUGGGCGAGGCAAAGACGAUGUGGUUUUUCGGUGUUAUGUCUUGGGCCGGGGCCAUUUUCACUCUGGUUUUUAUCAAGGAGACAAAGCUCAGAAGUCUGAUCGACCUUCAAGACGGAGCAGUGGGCAUUCCCGAAGAUUCCUCUGAGUUAUGACCGAGUCGUGCGUCGCGCAUACAAAGAAACACUCUACGUUUUUCGCCACAGUAUGUAUGUAUAUGGGUACAUUAAACGAAAGUAAACGAUACAACGUCACGUAAGAUGGAGAAGUGGAAUAAACUCCGCGUCUGCACAUUAAUAGAACCAUAAAAUACGCUAGACUAAGCUUAUUAUACACCCGACCGCCAAUAAAUGUGUUGUGAUAGGUACAAAAAAAAAAAAAAAUAGAUGAAAAAUAGAAGAUAGAGAGAGAGAGAGAGAGAGAGAGAAAAAAAUGGAUAAAUAAAGCACG